GUUAGUGCGGUGCUGCCUCUAGGACCCGGCGGCCUCCUCCGUACUUCCUGCCUGACUCGCACACGCUCAGCCUGCCAGCCCCGGAGCCGCGGCCUCGUCCUGCUACCUCCUCCUCAGGCCAGGCCGGGGACACCAUGUGAGAACAGGCCGCUCCGUACUUCUGCCUUCCUUCAGACCUGUCUCAGACAUGGAGACAAACAAUCAUUUUGCCAAUACUGGCCAGCCUCCAUUAUCUAGCGCCUCAGGACUGAAACCGCUGCCUCAGUUGGUGGAACCAGUUUACACAAAUAAUUCCCUUGUAAUAUUUCCUCAACAAGUAAAAGGUCUGAAUAGUGAUAUGCCUGUGAAUGGCCUGAUUUCACCUUCCAUACCCAGUAAUCCUCAUGGAACAUUUGCAUCGGGUGCCAGUAGUACAAGUCAUCCUGCAGCUAGUAACUUUGACUACCUCUGGAAAUUUCCCAAGUCUCCUGUUCUGAAAGACUGUCAUGGACCUAGUCUGCCUAAGGUGAACGGAUCAACAUCACCUGUAUCAAAUGGUCCCUUCUGUAAAGGAAGCUCGCAGGAGAACUGGGACAGCUCUGCUUCCAGCUACCAGGCAUCUCUUAGCUUCAAUGGUCAAGACUUGUGCAAUUUUAGUAGUAUUAACGUAAAAGUGGCAGCUGCAGCAAAUGGAACACAUUGCUUUCCCACAGCAUCCCAACCAGUCUCUUUGCCAAUAUUUGGUAAGCAAUCUCCUUCUCAUUCUCAGUGCCAAGAUGAACAGCAAGAAAUGGAAACAGAAACUUUGGGAAAUGAAGAACUGGCAGAUAUGUUGGCACCCUCUGAGUCGCCCACUCAGUCAGAUGAAGCAUCCUCUGAGUACAGUGUGCCUGGCAUGGCUGUGGAACCAGAACCUGAUCGCUCGAGUGUGCCUCCACUUUCUCCUUCUGAUGUCAGCAGUUUAAAUGACCCCUCUCAACUUCCAUCCAAGCUUGUUGAUCCCCGGGACCUCAAUCCAGAUUCUCCGGAGACCUUUGAAAAUGAACUCUGCGAAGCAGAACUACCCGUGGAACUGCCUUGUAGUCCGAUGUGUGAGUUCAUGGAACAAGAAGAGAAAACCAAACAAAUUAAGCAGAGCCAAAAAUCAGAAACAUUGGAAUUGGAAUGUCCAUCAUAUUCAUAUACUGCCAAUAAUCCACAAAUGACUGAUGAAGACCAGAGCCCUGACUCAAUCAAUGCAGCAUCACCUCCAUCUGAACUGGGAGAAUGCUUAAUGGAAGAUCUGUUUGAGAAGGCGGGGAGUCCAAAAACUAUAAAAGAUGAAAAACCUGAGUUGGCGCCGGAAAGUGAUUCAUCCGUUGAAAUGUGUACAGAAAAUGCAACCCCAGAGCCCAGUGUAAUAGCUGAACCUGCAGAAGAAGACCUGGAGCUUGGAGACGUUAAAGGAACACCUGGACGCAGGAGGAUUGCCACACCAGAAGAAGUGCGCCAUCCUUUGCUACAUGGAUGGAGGCGUGAAGUUCGGAUAAGGAAGGGUAGCCAUCGCUGGCAGGGAGAGACCUGGUACUACGCUCCUUGUGGGAAAAGAAUGAAACAGUUUCCUGAAGUCAUUAAGUAUCUCUCUAAGAAUGCUGGCCCCCAUGUCCGGAGAGAACACUUUAGUUUCAGUCCCCGGAUGCCUGUUGGAGACUUCUAUGAAGAGCGACACACUCCAGAAGGCCUACAGUGGGUAUUACUGAAGUCUGAGGAAAUCCCCUCCCGUAUUUUGGCCAUCACAGGGAAAAGGGGGCGUCCUCGUAAUUUAGAAAAAGCUAAAGCCAAGGAGAAUAAGGUCAAGAGAGGGAGAGGACGGCCUCCAAAAGUAAAGAUGAUAGAUUUGCUUAACAAAGCUGAUGCCAAACUUUUAAGGAAGCUGGAAAAUCAAGAUAUUCUUAGUGAUGUAGAAAAAGUUCAGCUAAGCAAACUAAGGAAGAAGAUGAGAAGAAAGGCCAGAAGUCAGGAAGCUAAACAAGAGGCAGCAAAGAAACUAAGAAAGGAAAAGGAAGAGAGAGAAAAAGAACGGAAGAUAAAGGAGGCUGAGCAGAUAGCAGUUCAGAAGGCAAAGGAGGCAGAGCAGAUUGCUGAGAAGAAGAGAGCACGGAGAAGACCAAGGAAAAAAGCAGCUCCCGUGGUUCAUAAGCCUGACAGGAAGCUGCUUGCACAACAACGACGCCUAGAAGAACGCAAGCGCCAGCAGUUUAUGUUAGAGGAGUUGAAGAAACCAAUUGAAGAUAUGUGCUUACCUGAUCAUCAGCCAUUGCCAGAUUUUCCUUGUGUCCCGGGACUGGUUUUGCCCAGCUGUGCCUUCUCAGAUUGCCUAAUGAUAGUAGAAUUUCUAUUUGCAUAUGGAAAAGUAUUUGGAUUAAAUGACGCAAAGGAUAUACCGAGCUUGUAUACCCUGCAGGAGGGGCUCUUUAAUGUGGGCGACAGCCAACGAGAGGUGCAGGAUCUUCUAUUGAAGUUAUUGCGGGCAGCAUUGUUCGAUCCUGGGCUUCCAUCAUACUGUCAGUCCUUGAAAAUUUUAGGUGAAAAAGUCUAUGAAAUUAGUCUGACAAGGCAAAAUGUUUCUGAAGUUCUGCGUAUCUUCCUUGAGGCAUAUGGUGGUGACAUUGACCUGUGUGAAAGUCUCCGCACACAUCCAUUUCAGGCCCAUCCUCCGCACAUCAAAGCUGCAGUGCUUGCUUUUAUUAUUAAUGAGCUCAAUGGGAGCACCCGCAUCAUCAGUGAAAUUGAUAAAACUCUGGACAGCAUGUCAAACUACCGAAAAAAUAAGUGGAUCAUAGAGGGUAAACUGCGCAGGUUAAAGUUUGCAUUGGGGAAAAAGACUGGCUCACAGGAAAGCCAAGUUAGUAGCCCAGAGGAGAGUCGAAGGAGGCGUUGUGCUCGCACUGCUGAGGAGACUGAAGAUUUAACAGAAGACAAGUCUGGGUUAUUGAAUACCUCUGCAGAUGAAGGGGAGGAGUUUUCCGCAAAUGCAAGCAGUCUGGAUCUUGAAAGGCAAAUAGAGAAACUUACUAAGCGCCAGUUGUUUUUGCGAAAGAAAAUAAUUGGUUGCGCUCAAAGGCUUCGAUGCACAACGCUGGGGCAGGAUCGAUACCGCAGGUUCUAUUGGAUGCUGCCACACAUAGGGGGCAUCUUUGUAGAAGGUUACUCCGAAAGCCCUGGUCAAACACUGGAUCCUCCACAGACUGAGUUACCAGAAUUUGCUUUUUUGAAGACUGAGGUGGUAGAAGGAACAGACGAUAAAAGCUACUUUACUGUUACUCGCUCCCGUGGUCGUCCAAGGAACCCAAGAGCUGAUUCAGAACAUUGUAAAUUCUGUCAGUGCACUGGAUCUCAGGAAGUCCCCAUAAAUGGCCUUUUACCAGCAAGCACCCUUAUUUCUGAACGACCGCAGGACACAGGCCAGGCAACUGUACUUUCAUGGCUUAGCCAGUGUCAAAAUGCUAUCAUGAACAGUACUGUGCUGACACCUGAGAACAGUCCUCCUCGUAGUGAUACAGCAUCUGCUUUUGAAAUUGGACCAUGCCCUGGAGCCACAGACACAGAUGAGAAAGAGAACAAGUUGUAUAAUUUGCUUCCUAGGACUCAUUGCACUGAUUCUGCUCAGAAGAAGAAUUGUCAAACAAACCGCCUCCUUCCCCCACCCUCCCCUGCCGCAGCUACGCCACCAGUACAGGCAAGUGGAUUGACUGAAGAGCAGCCUGCUGGUGUUGGCACUCCACUGCCAUCUGUUUCUGCACUUUGUCAUAUAUGUAACAAGCCUUUAAGAAAUAGUGCCGCAAGUUUACAAAGCUCCGCACAAGAGAGACGUAGAGGAAGGCCGUCCAGACAGCUCUUCUCAGAGAUAGAGCAGAAGUACUACAAUCAGCUCAUACAAAGGCCCAUUCCAGAGGACAAGAAACAAGCAUGGUGGUGGAUAAAAGAUCCAGCUAUGCUAGAGGCCUUAAUAAAAGCCCUCCACCCACGUGGAAUGCGGGAAAAGUCUUUGCACAAACACCUCACAAAGCAUCUCGGGCACCUCAAGGAAAUGUGUGCUCGGGCAUCUUCCGAUGCAAUCUUUGAGUUCAAACCUUCAGAAGGUCACCUUGUGAGUCAAGAAACACUGGAAAAAUGGUCAGUAGAACAGUGGUCAUUUCAAGCGGAUCUGUCUGUCCUUAAGUGGGUAGAAGACCUGGAGCAAAGGAUCAUGUCGUCAGAUCUUCAGAUAAGGGGCUGGUGUCCUCCGAGCUUAGACUUAAUCCGAAGUGAUCUGAAGUAUUUUGAGCACAAGGUGGAUGCAUCAGAUGAUAUCCUGGCCAAAGUGAAGAGAGAAGAGGUGCGAUUACACAGGGAGCCAGACAAUCCAUUGGACAUAGCUGUGCUACGGCUUCUAGAUCUGGAACAGAAUGUUGAGAGAAGAUACCUGAAGGAACCGCUGUGGAUACUGAGUGAGGUGCAGCAUGAGAAGAUUGUAACUACUGACCCAGAGACGAUGAUUACCACUGAGAAUCAGUACAGCAUUACUUCUCGCAUGCGUUUGUGGCGACAGACAGUGGACCGGUGCAGAAGUUCUGCUCAGCUAUGUCUGUGCCUGCAGCAGCUGGAGAAGUCCCUGGCAUGGGAACGAUCAGUUAGUAUAGUGACUUGCAUAUAUUGUCGGAAGGGAGACAACGAUGAGAGUUUGCUGCUUUGUGACAGCUGUGACCGUGGCUGUCACACUUAUUGCCACCGGCCUCAAAUGGCAGAGAUUCCAGAAGGGGAUUGGUUUUGUCCUAACUGUGUGGCUCAGCAAAGUGAAAGCGAGUAUUUAAAACCCAGUGGUUCUUCACGGCGGAUAAAGAAGAGUGUUCAGCGCUAUCAAGAUAACAGUCCUAUAAAGCAGUCACGACGAAGAGAACAGCCUGCCACACCGCAGUCUCCAGCAGAAAGCUCACUUGUGAAGAAACGGAGAAUCGGCACAAGAAGUCAGAGUCCUGAUUUAACCUUCUGCGAAAUUAUAUUAAUGGAGAUGGAGUCGCAUGAUGAUGCAUGGCCCUUUCUGGAACCUGUGAACCCACGGCUUGUUCCUGGCUACAGAAAGAUCAUCCAAAACCCGAUGGACUUUUCUACCAUGCGAAACAAGUUGCUGAAUGGAAGGUAUUCCAGUUGUGAGGAAUUUGCAGAAGAUGCUAAACUUGUCUUUAGCAACUGCCAGCUGUUUAAUGAAGAUGACUCUGAAGUCGGGAAGGCUGGCUUGGUCCUGAAGAAGUUCUAUGAAAGCCGCUGGGAGGAGUUUAGUCAAGAACGUGAAACCAAUUCCCUUUGAGACGAAGUCCCCAUGUUCUUAAAUUGACGUUAUUUGUGCAUCCCUGCAACACUGAAAACGGGUUCAGCUCUUUUGUCGUCUAUUACCUUUCAAGGUCCUGCACUCCACUUUGGAAGGAAAUAUUGGCAGCACAGGGGUUACUUCUCAUUAUACAGCAUCCCCUUCCGUCUAAGCCAGUUCAUCCAGCGGGUCUGAAUCCCUUCUGUUCCU